GUAGCGGAGAAGAGAUAGGGAGCAUUAUGGUUGUGCCCACAUGGAAGUCGCGAGUUACGUUUUGCCUCGAGUUCAAAAUAUCCCUCGCUUAUGACGACUUUUGAUUAAGCCUUGUCUGAUGCAGAAAGUUCAUGCAUAGACCUACUCCACAUUGUUACGAAAGAUAGAUCUGUUGUUUUUGUUUCGAGAAACUAUGUCUACGAAAGGGAAGUCCACGUCCAAGAGGAAGAAUCGGGAGACGUCUGAUGAUUCCAACGACGAUGUUCUCAGUCAUUUCUGUGCCAUAACCGGAGCAAGUGAGAAGAUUGGGAAGAACCUGUUGGAAGCCUGUAAUGGAAAUUUGGAGAUGGCAGUUAAUAUGCAGCUGGAGAACGAUCUUGGGAACCGAUCUCGAGAAUCAGGAAACUCAGGAAAUGGAGAAGUCCAUGUGAUAGGUGAACCAGGACCAAGUACUUCAAGUGAUGAUGUCAGGCCUCCCAUCCCUCCGACCCGGGAGGUAUUGGUGGAUACUCCAGUAUAUGAUUACAGUUCCUUCAAGAAGGGGAAGCGGUUAUCAAGGUCAAGGCAACCACUGACAGUAUUUGAUGGAUUUAGGGAUUUUCAGGCAGAAUCCAAGAGAAUAGAAGAGAUGAUGUCAGAGGAUGCAAGUGUUUCAUCCUCUAAGCAGAAGACAUUGGAAGACCUCUUCAGGCCUCCUUUAGACCUCAUCUUCAGAGGGUCAUUCCAAUUGGCACGUGAUGCAGGCAGCAGAAAAAAGAGGUGGCUCAUGGUCAACGUCCAAAAUGUGACAGAGUUUUCUUGCCAGGUCCUAAAUCGUGAUAUCUGGUCCAAUGACAGUGUGAGGGAGUUCAUUCGUGAGCACUUCAUCUUCUGGCAGGUGUAUCAUGAUAGUGCUGAGGGGGAAAGGUAUGCUACCUUCUACAAAGUGAAUGAAUGGCCAUAUGUUGCCAUCCUUGACCCAAGGACUGGGGAGAAUUUGGCCACCUGGCAUAAGCUUGAUCUUCUCACUUUUAAGGACUUGGUAAAAGAGUUUCUCAGUUCUCAUCCUCCAUUGGAUGGAUCUCCUUCUCCCACACAACCUCGAAAAAAGGCCAAACAGGAAACCAGUAUCAUUGAUGCCAGUGAGGAUUCUCAACUAGAGGCAGCCAUCAAAGCCUCCCUGGUUGAAUCUCAAACCUCAUCUCAGAAGGAGACUGAUUCAGAGCGUGAUGCUAGUGAAAUAGAGACAUUUGACUCGGAUUCAGAAGGUUUACCUCCUUGUGUUCUAUCUGAAUCCGGUGUCAAGGGGAAGGAAAGUGCACUUAAAGCUGUGAAGAGUGAGAAGAAGCCUGCACUGAGACUCUUAAAGGGGCAAUCUUUUGAAGCCAAUGAUGAAUGCUCACAGAAUUCACUCAGCAGUGAGAUAAGUGAUGUUCCUUGUGAUGAGAAGUGGAAGGAGUAUCUUGGACCAGAGACAGAUGUACCUUCGCAGUUACUCCUGAGAUUGCCUGAUGGCAAAAAGAAGCAUGUCUCAAUGCCAAACUCAUCCAAACUCCAGGCUGUGAUAGAGUAUGUGGGAGGGCUGGGCUUCCCUUCUUCAAGCCAUGAGCUUGUCCUCCAGUUCCCUCGCCGCCUCCUCCUUGACAUGGAUCCCUUACAGACUCUCAAAACCCUUGGUCUCUUUCCCAGUGAGACCAUCUUCAUCCAGCAAAAAUCCACAGAAUCCUUUUGGACUUUCUGCUACAUUCUUGGGGAAUAUCUUACCCAUUUUGCCCCAAAUGUAUCAGUGAUUGGUACUCAAAUUGGAGACUGGUGGAGCAACUUCAUUGUGUGGCUUGACUUUGAUGAUUUCCAUGCCAAGGCUUGCCUCUGCUUUCUCUUCAUCAUCUGUGUGAAUCUUGUGUUGAUCAAGCUUGCGUGGAACAUCUAUGGUGAGCAGAUUGCUGACCGUUUCAUGAAACCAAGAGUUGCAGCUGCCCAAGGAUUUCAGCCCCCGAAUGUAAGACAGGAAAGAGAAGUGAAAAUGUCAGCAAUAAAGGCAUUUUUCAAGAAGCGGAAGCUGGAGGUGAAGUUCAAACUGGCUGGAGAGGGAAAACGGCUGAAUUCCCCAAGCCACAGCUCAACUGCUUCCACAUCAUCAAAGACCUCACAACACAACUCUUAUCGUUCAACUGGCCUGUCUGAAGGGGCACAUAUGGCUAGGGAGGCUGCCCUCAAGCGUGUUCAGCAACAAGAGAUCAAACCAGUAAGCAAGAUCCGAGCAAGGGCAUUGAGGGAAUUGGAGGCUGAACGAAAAAAGGGGGCUGAAUCAGUCAGUGCUGAGCCACUCCAAAAGGACUUUGCUCAGGACUCAGAUGAGGAUCGGACAGUUAGAGGAGUUUUUUUUCGAUGUCAAUUGCUUGGAGAUGAAGUUUUACCCAAGGAGGAAAUGCUUGUCCGAAUCAAGGAAUUCCUUUAUGAGCAGCUGGCUGAGGAAAGAGCCCUUACUGCUGUCCUAAUCAUUCACACCCUCAACCGUAAUGAGGAAAAGGUGAAGCAGUGUGUGUCCACACUUCUCAAAAUCCUUGACAACAUUAUUCAAGAUCCCAGCGAGCCUAAAUAUCGGAAGAUUCGAGUGCAAAAUAAGGCUUUUCAGGAGCAAGUGGCUAGUAUGGAGGGAACCAUAGACUUUCUCUUUGGGGCUGGCUUUGAAGAGCAGCAACUCCCUCAUCAGGAUGCCACAGAAGCUUUCUAUGUCUUCCCUCCUGAAGGAAACAUUGAUACUCUCAAGAUGUUGCGAGAGGCCCUGAUAUCUGCAGAGCCAAUCAAGCCAGAACUGGAUCGUAACAUGCAUGUCUUCUAUCCCUCAUCCACCACAGUAGUGGAACACAUGGAAAUUCCACCUGACUUUUUCAUCCCAUCAGUUGCAGAUAUUCGCAAGGAGCAGACAAAUAGGACAGAGGAGGUGGAGCGCCUGUCUUUAUUGAGGACUAAGGCCAUGAGGGAUAAGGAGGCAAUGAGAGAAGCCAAAAAAUAUCGCUAUUCCCUCAUCCGUAUCCGCUUCCCUGAUGGAUUCUUGCUUCAGGGCACAUUCUCUGUGUAUGAGAAGUUCUCUGCUGUGGAGGGAUUUGUGAGGGAGCAACUGGACAACCCAGAUCUUCCAUUUAUCCUAAUUGAUCCUUUGGGUCAUCAGCUUGGAGCUGAGAAUUCUGGGUCCACUCUCCUAGAUCUUCAUCUUGCCCCGGCUCUGAUCCUCAACUUUCUCUGGCAUCCUGACAUUGCAGCAGAUGUUGAGGCAGCCAAAUCAGGGUAUCUCAGCUCCAGUGCCCUUGCCAUUGUUCAAGAUCUUUAGUCAUCACCUCUCAUCUUGCAUAUUAUGGGCUGCAAUUGUGAUUCACAAGGCUGGGUGAAAUGGGAUUCAAGGACUUAAUGGUAUUGGUGUGCCACCUCAUCGCCCUCUUGUAUGAUAAUCCCUGCUGUGUGAACCCUUUACUAUAUUGCUCUCAUUCUCAUUUCAUGCUUGAAACCCAUCCUGGACCCUUCCAUGCAUCCACCUGUUCUCCAUAUCAACUGUUAGUGCUGAUGAGUUCUCAUUUGCAGGACCAUUUGCAAUGUGGGAAAUAUUUCUUAGAUAAACAAUUUGAAAAUAUUGCUGCAUAUUUUGGAAGCUCACUGCUUUCCUGAUUCCUAUUCACAAGGGGAAGAUUGGACCCCUUAAAGUCGAAGCUGACCUAGCAGUGAGAUCUUCACAUCCAGGGCACAUUUAAGGAUUGAAAGGAAGUGCUAUCCUAAUGUUUUUGAGCUCUCUGUUCCAUGGCCUCAAUGGAGGUUAAAUGUGUCUGCUUUAUUCCCAUGUGUUCCUUUAUUCUGGAAUAUCUGAUUAUAUGAUUUUAGUGGUGCCCUAUAUCGUCAAUGAUCUGACAAAAGGAUAAAUAUGCAAUUUCAAAAAUAUUCACUAGAGCAAGAAUUCGUCCUAUUUUUGGACUGCAGAUUGAGAAAUGAGGAAUAUUCGCCUUUGCACCUGGAAGCUGAGAGUUGCGGCUCUAUGGUGGAAAAGGGGCAUUCUUCAAUAAUCAUCGCAUUGUAUGAAAAAAAAAGGAAUUGUAAAUUUUAUUAAUUGCCUAUUCGCCCUUUUGUUAGUUCUUCGACAAUAUGGAGCUUUGUGGAUUCCCAUGUAUUGCUCGAUCGGCUUCAACUGCGAAGCACUUCCGAAGCGUCCAGUUAUUGUGAUUAAGUGGGAAAUAAAUUAUCAUUUGUCUUUCGCUCGCC